AGAGAUGUCGUACGCGCACAUGUCUGAACGCGGUUCGUAUUAUCUGACGUACGUUUAAUAGCACUCAGGAGCCACCUCGUGGCUUAAAGACAACCUUUCGGGAGGGAAGAGCCCGCGCAUUUCGCGAAUUGUCGCUGUUGUCGGUAGCCCUGUAGCCCAACUAGAUACACGUUCACAUUUAACAAGUAACAGCAUUGCGACACGCGACCGUUGACUGAGCGGUUUUCAGUAUAUAAUUUUGCUGAUUUUUACGACUGAUUGUAACAUGAAAUAAAUUUUUAUUUUAAUUAUGUGUUACAUGGAAUUUUAUUUGUUUCGAUGGUAAAUCAGUUAGACCACCAGAAAAUAUGAUUCAUCACGGUAAAUACAAACCGAUCCUAUGUGCGCGUAAUUGUUAUUAGAAGACAAUACGUAUGACAUGUUGCAUACGAGCUUCGCUGAUGAUUACAUUGUCUGAUCGGUAAAAGGAAAACAUUUAGUGUGCGGUAGUGGACGUAACUUGAUCGUGCGCAUUGAUAGAACGAUAAUCAUUGUACCGUAUAUUAAACAUUUGUUGUGUCGGGGACUAUUUGUGCUCGAAAAGUUAUGUAUGUAACCACGCGAUUCGGUUUCAAACCAAUAACGUUCACUAAUUCGCGUUCCUUCCUCAGAUAAGAGUUUUAAAAAUACUUCCUUUGUAACCGUAACUAUAUGUGCAUAGAGAAAUAUUUGUAAAGAACGUCGUGUUCGUAACAUAUUCACACGUAUUGUCACUUUUCGAAGCAACAUGGCUGUACUUCCCCUUGGGCUGGCUAAAGAUAACGAAUGGUACCUCAUAAUUUACAGUUAAUGGAUACUUUAAACGACAGAACGUUGCGUUUCAAGAUAGUCUAAUGCAGCAUUUGCAACGGAAACCCGUUUCGAUGCUCGACGAUUAUGUUAAGCUAACGAAGAACACAGGGAAAUCGACGUAGAAUGUUUCGACUCGCGGUGAUAAAAUGUCAUUUAACUAUAACGCCCGAUAAACCCUUGCAAUCGUACAUUUCGGAUCGCUAGUAAAAAUCAAAGGCGUCCCACGUUCGUUUUGUACACGAACUAUGAUGUCAUACCGCAGUGCGCACCAACGACAACGAGAUUAACGGCCUUGGCGGGGAAAAUAGUUUUUACAGCGUAGACAGUUUUACUCUCGCGUACGAAUAUUAUCUAGCAAUGUAAUAAAUAAGUUACCCCUUCUACAAAAGCGUCGUUUGUACGCGUGGUAUACCGUAAGUCGUAACUGCAUGAGGAUUAGCACUGAAAUCAAUCGAUAGAAAGAUUUAUCGAUACGAUAUUAAUUCACGUUAGAUCGUACGCGAAAUUUGCUAAACGACAUCUUUGAAAUACAUAUCUGCUAAAUCGGUUAGACGUGCUUGCGAAAGCAGCGAAGCAAUGCUAAUAAAUUAUAUAAUAUACAACAUCUAAUGCUCGAUCGUAGAAGCUUGGUAUGCCAACGAAUAUGAAGUUCCUGGAAUUGAUAGCGGGGUUUAGUAACAUACGCGUCAAUUUCGAAGAAUUCUGAAUUUGUGCGGAGCGCUCAGAUAAGGAAAAAUAUCGAAUCGAUGUAUCGGGCCCUCAAAGGUAAGGCGCCCAUGGUGCAGGUCGAACGUUACGUUCCUGGUGUACAGAGCCCGCGAGGGCUGGUGGGAAAGAGAGAGGUGGUCCGGCAAUCGGAGCUCAUAGGAGCGAGACGAAGAUAGAGGGCGAGAGAGGAACGCGAGGGCCGAGGCACACACCAUCGAGUAUCAACCAGCUGGUUGGCAAGGGAGCCGCGAGCAGUCGCCAGUGAGACGCGGCACCCCGCGAGAGAUCGUCCGCUGUUUGUUCGUCCGUACGUUCGUACGUACGUCCGUGGUCGGUCUCCCUUCCUUCCGCCUGAAACCAGCUAUCGUGGUCGUGCGUACGUUCGUUCGUUCGUUCGUCCGGUUUGUGAGUGGUGUGUCUCCUCCGAUCGCCUUUGCUUCUUUGGACGACACUCGCCCCCGGUCGCGGCCAUCGUCUUUCUCUCUGUGUGUCAACCAAGUAUAUAUAUAUACCUAUAUAUAUAUAUAUACACGUUAUAUACGCGCGCGCACACACACAAACGUAUACAUACGCUCGUUGCACGCAGAGGCAUACAUACACAUACGCGUUAUAUAUCUCUUUCUCUCUCCCCGUUUCACUCUUGUGUGUGCGUGACGAACGAGCCAAGAUGGCCGCCGAUUCAGGAAUGGAGACGUGUCCCUCCCCGGAGAUUGCAGACUCCAGGAAGCGGCCACUCGAUUGCGACACGGAAAAUGGCGCGACGAAGAGGUCACAUUACGGAUCAGGAGGAGAUGGAACGUAUCACCUCAAAGUAUUGGUUCCUGGUGUGGCUGCAGGAGCUAUUAUUGGAAAAGGUGGAGACACCAUUGCCCAAUUACAAAAAGAUACAGGAGCUAGAGUCAAAAUGUCUAAAUCUCAUGACUUCUACCCAGGAACCACAGAAAGGGUAUGUUUAAUAACAGGCAGUUUGGAGGCCAUAAUGGCAGUCAUGGAUUUUAUUAUGGAUAAGAUACGUGAGAAACCAGAUCUCACAUUGAAAACAACUGUUGACUUUGAAUCUGGAAAGACUACAGCAGAGAGAGACAAGCAGGUCAAAAUUUUGGUACCUAAUAGCACAGCAGGAAUGAUAAUAGGUAAAGCUGGAAAUUAUAUUAAACAAAUUAAAGAAGAAUCUGGGUCGUACGUUCAAAUAAGUCAAAAAGCAAAAGACGUAUCUUUGCAAGAAAGAUGUAUAACGGUGAUCGGAGAAAAAGAGAAUAACCGUAAUGCAUUAAUGAUGAUAUUAGCAAAAGUGGCAGACGACCCGCAAAGCGGUACAUGCCCUAAUGUUAGUUACGCUGACGUAAGCGGUCCUGUAGCCAAUUACAAUCCAACGGGCAGCCCUUAUGCUCAAGCUCCGACAACUACUCCCACGUAUACUUCUACGGCUGGCAUUAACACAGUUAGUCUCUUGAAUGGUGCUGGUCUCAGUUUGAACUUGAACUUAGGAGCUGCAAUAACAGCGGGUACAACACCCGUAACAACGCAAUUGUUGGAACAUAUAAAGUUAAAUUUACGGACAUCGGGUUUCUCGGAACCUGCUGCCACCGAAAUUUUGUCUGCUAUUGCAACUCUCGCCAAGUACAACAUCCUCGGGAUGGGCAUUGGGAUGCCCUCGAGCAUGAGUUACCUUGGAAAUCCUAUGGACACUACCACAACAGCGAACGGUUCGAACAAUAACGGCGGAGUGUUUGGGCCAAUUGGAACGGUUCCUGCUCUCGGAUCGACUUCACCAACGCCACGCAAUACGCUCGACAGAUAUGAACCCUUUGAUCCGUUCAGACAGAACAACACAGCCGCCAGUGCUAUUCAUCUAAACAACAAUUCGUUUGGCCUGGGCACUAACCAGUUAUCGCUUGUAAGUAAGAGUCCUACACAGGUAGACGCCAACAACAAGGAGACCAAGAAAGUAGACAUAGAAAUUGCAGAGGUUAUAGUGGGAGCUAUUCUGGGACCCGGUGGUCGUGCCCUCAUUGAGAUUCAGCACUUAAGUGGCGCCAACAUACAAAUCUCUAAGAAGGGCAUGUUCGCUCCUGGUACCAGGAACCGCAUAGUGACUAUCACGGGUUAUCCUAAUGCGAUCGGCACUGCUCAAUAUUUAAUUGAGCAGAGGAUCAGCGAAGAGGAGGCAAAACGAGCACGUCAGAAUGCCCUCGCCAAUAUAAUCCAUUGAUUUCAAGUACAGUACUUUUGUUCAUCCCCAUUAUUGAGCUCCGUUAUUCACCUCUUCGCAUUUUGAGAUGAUGGCGCGGUAGCUCUCUUCUCCUGUCUUUUAAAACACUCGUCCACCACUACCACCUACCACCCGUUGUCAUCUAUCGCUACAUCACUAUAGCGCUUGCAUUCUCACAUCACUAUUCAUGCAUCCAUCAUGGCUCGUCAACAUUUAUCAAUCUUUUAAGAUAAUUAUGAUAUAUAAAUAUUACAUGUUAUAUGAUAACUACUACAAUUGUUCUGUGAUACACCACGUUACGGGGCUUUAUCACGAAUAACACACAUACCACAUCAGAGUCACAUAAUAUAUCUAGUUGUAUGGUAUAGCAUAUUGAAAAGAUGGCAUGAUAAAACCUAUUGUUCCAUUAGAGAUGAAAUGGCACAAUUCGGCCAUAAUAUUACUCUUGAAAGAUCGAGACAGAGAUGUUUACAUGGAUAAUUGUUUCGUUUUAUAAAAACAAUUUUUUCCUUUUUUUUUUUUAUAGAAGCAUAAUCCAACUACUGAUACGAGACACGCUUAGUUACAAGGUCAUACAGAACUCGCAAUUGAAUGACUUCGAUUCGAAGAUUAGUACUUCGUUUAGUGUCCUGUAACUCAACUUACAUUCGUUUUUACAAAAAGAUUCCAUAAUUAUUGUAUUGAACUGUUCCUUGAACUAUGAAAUGAUUAGGCUGUUUGAGCGAUGUUACUCUUGCUUGACAUACUAUUUUAACGCGUUUUUUAAGUACGGAAUAAUACCUUGGCAAAACCAAAGAUCUUACAUAUACGAGGCAGAAAUAACUUGGCUGGAAGAUAAAUAUAUAUACAAAGGGAGAGCUAUUCUACGUAUAAAAAUAUAUAUUUAUAUAUUUACGAUGCUGGCUGGUCCAGCUAAACGAGUAACAUAAUACCUUAUUGCCAAGUUUUAUUCUCAACCCUGAAGCUUUUAUUUCUCAAAAGAAACUUCAUCCAACUGUAUAUUAUCGUGCUUAGAUUAGUGUACACGAAAUUAUAUUAGCGUCGAGUCUCAUUAUUUCUUUACAUAUGCCUUAAGAACGGAGAGUUCGUUCUACCAAGGCGCUAGGAUAAAUACGACUCGGUUCGUUCAGACGCGAUUCACGAGCAAUGAUUUCACUACGGUUACAACACGAUCUUGUAGAUAACACUUCGUAUAUUAAAACUUUCGUCUAAUUAUUUUUAGUUUCAAGGUUUAUCAGUUGAAUACAAUUCGGAUUAAUAACAGUUUUACAUUUGUCGACACUUGCUAAAUGAAAAGCUCUGACAAAAACCUUGUUUUCGUCAUUCCUUUACGUUAUAGUUUGCAUGAAUACAAUUUUUAUUAUCACGUUGAAAUGUUUAUAUUUGUAUACAUGCGUUCUCAAUAGUUUAAUUGUCAAUCAUAUUUCCUCCCGUCAACGUGUUCGUUUCUCUUUGUUUCAAAAAAAAAGAAAAAAAAAAGCAAACAAACUUUUACGACAGUUUUAUUAAUGUAUUGAUAUUAUACAUAUUGAACAUAGGAAAAGAAGUUCCGUUUAGCAAACGUAUCUUUUCCGUGCAAUGAUCGAAGUACCUUAGGCAUAGCAUGAAAAUUGAGAUUAUUUGAUUACACGUGUUUACUCUUGCAUAUAGAGUCUGUUAUGAUCAGCAGCCCAUGUCAUACAACCUUGGGUUCUGUAUGAUACUGCUUUAUAUAAGAUUCUAUUUAAGCCAACCAAAUCUUUAACCGUUGCACUUUGACAUUGAAUCAAAUCAAGUUAGAUAGAGAAUGGAUUUUAGCUAGUAAUAAUCUUGUCUGUGUUGAUAAUUAUUGGUAUAAAAUACAGCUACGCUCUAUUGCUAGGUGAGAAAGGAUUACACCAUCUAUCGAUAACAGACAGUUACGAAUCAUUGUUUUGUUAGGGGGUAGGUAAUAGAAGAAAAAAGGGGGUGGUAUAAGGGAUAGGCGAUAAUCAAUAAUGGGUUUAGUUCAAAUAACUGAGAAAAAGUUAGCUAUAGCGUCAAAUGAAAUAUAUAAAUGUACACGAGUACAAUUCGUAGCUGAAGGCGCUGGCUCACCGCUCUUUAAUAUAAUAACUUGUAUAUUUAUAAAUAUCGUAUAACAUGAGUAAUAAUAAUAUAUUACACAGAGAGAACGAGAGAGUGAGAGACAGAGAAAAUAAAUUUAUAUGUUUGCGCGUGUGUUGUGUGUGUGUGUGGUGAGCGUGUAUAUGUAUAUACACACGUAAGUGUAUGUAUAUAUAUAUACAUACGCGCGCGCACACAUGAAAAGUUUGAAUUAGAUUAUUAAAAAAAGAGAAUUCAUAUAUCUAAAAGAAAAAAAAUAAUAUAUAUGUGUAUAUUUAUAUAUACACAGGCACAAACGUAUAUAUGUAUAUGUGUGCGCGCGUGUGUGUAUGUAUAUAUAUUUGUGCCUGUAAAACGAAAAUAUAUAUAAAGAAACAUAUAAAUAUAUAUAAAUAUAUAUAUAUAGAAUGGAAUGAUAUUAUAAACAUUGUUGGUAAAAUAUUUUUGCGUCCGCGUACGUGAAACAUGGUUUUAAGUUUAUCCAUAAAUUCUAUGUGAACUAUAAUCAAUUGAACUUCACUGUGUUGCCCAAAUACAUUGAAAAGGAAGUUACAGAAUACGCAAAUGAUGCAAACUACACAAUGACACAGAAGAUGCAAACUAUUAUUAAGUUGCUGUAGAUAGAUCAAUUCGAAAAUUUUAAAUAGAACAUGCUACGAAUGUCACGUAUAUAUAGCAAUUAAUUUAAUUUAUAAAUCGAUUUAUUUGAAUGGUCAUCGCGCUAUUACUACUAACGGCAGCAUAAUAUUUCUCUACGUUAGCUACGUACAGUAAUUUCUCACUAAUCAUCCGCAUCAUCACAUUAGAUCUAUUAUUGGCAAUUCUCAGUCUAAUCUUAUUGCCAGUCUUUUUUUUGUUUUUUUUUUAUUAUUAUUAUUAUUAUUAUUAUUUCUACUUUAUAACUCACUCGUUGACUGCUGAUAGCCAGGUGUGUUCGAAAUGAUUUGAGUAAAACAAGAUGUACUAAAAAAAUUCGAUAUCUUAAUUUAUGCAUCGAUUCAUACUUCUGUCAUGCGUAAUGCUCACGAAUACUUGUACUAGUGUACCUAAAUCUAGCAACGCACUAAAUUUGUACAUUAUAAAGUAGAUUAAAAACUUAGCUUCGCUUCGACAAGGGUUUCUACAUACUUUGUGCUUGUUACAAGUAACAGUUUUCUUCCUUUACAUUUUUUUUUAAUUUUUUUUUUAUAAGCAAGGUAAUAUGUUUGUUUUUUUUUUUUAACGCAGAAUAUUUCGUUCUAAUGAAUUAACGUAUUCAGUGUUACGUCAUCAGAGAGCUGCAAUAUUUUUAAUAUUAUCGAUACAUUGAACAAUCGUUAUCGCGACUUUCUCUCACCUGAUUUCUCGUAAACGAAAAUCAAAGCAAUUAUCUUCGUUCGACUCGAUCGAUGUAUAGGUAUCAAAUUAUUCAUGCGCAUUGAUAAAAAAAAGUAGCAUAUUCUCGCGAUUAAAUCUUCAUGCCAAAACAACUUGUAGGUAGCACAAGGUAAUUAGAUUAGGUUACGGUUUUCUCAGUAAACACAUUCCUUAGUAGAACAGAUUACGUAUAAGACUAGCUGUGAUGGAGUUGAGGGAUAUGUUCAUCGGCUGCCAGUACAUGAAAAAAAAAUGCCACGAUACGAUUGGUAGCGUGUUAAAUUAGAGAAUUUAUUUGCGCAGGAAAAGUAACUCGAUGGCAUACGAAAAAAGUUCAUCGCCAAGGAGUAAACAAGAACGGAUGAUUUCUCUGCGUAACGUAGCAGUGUUAGCGUUGAACACGCAGAAAAGCAAAAUUUUAUGCACAAUGACAUCUAUAAGAUUCUGUCAAGAUGUCACGGACGAUCUUGCGAUAUCCGUUUCCCGUUGUUAUUGUUCGAAACGUUACGAUCUUCUUGCAUUAUUGCUAAGAAAUAAAAAAAAGAGAUACGUAUACAAAAACCAUAGCGAUCAGUCAGUCUAAAUAUAAGUAUGUAUUUCCUUUUUGCGAUUUCUACGUCCGUACAAUGUUAGUGUCGUCGAUAUUAGAAAAGAAUCCUAAGUGUUCAUCGGGUAGUAAAACUAACUGUGCAUUAAAAAAGUUUAUUGCUCGCACGUUUGAGCAAAGAUCAAUCUCGAAUACUUCACUUUACAUUCUCAGAGUUCGCGUGUCGCGUUGAGUUGAAUCUAUUUGUCGCGCGUUCAACAAUUUCCGUCUUUUCAUCGGCGAAAAAAAUACAGAGGGUGACUUAGUAUUAGUGUCAGAACCGGAAAUGGGAGGUAGUUGAGACGAUUCUGAACCA